UUUCUUUAUUUUGGUAAGUGCCUUAACAUUUAUCAUUGUGCAUUGCCAUUGAUCAUGAUUGAAUUGUUGAGGCUAAAAUUUACUACAAAUUUGCUUUAUAAAUAGGACUGUUAGUUGUGAUAUAUAUGUGGGGCACAUGUCGUAAAUUUUGUUUUGGAUUUCCCCCUUAGACUCACAUCAUGGCCGCAUCAUAUCCAAGCAUUAUGAAGACGAUGUUGUAUGUAGUUUGAUUCCCCGGCCCUUAACUGUAUUGGGUGCAGUUUGAUGUCGCAUGCCCCCAACGAUGACUCUACUAACCAGUGGAUUACUGAUGCAAAAUGAAUCAGCCAUGGGCAAGAAGGUCGAUCGCUGUGUUGCCGAAGAAACCACCAGGGUGGUUGGCACGCAGCUAUCGAUCGAAUCGAUGAGGCCGGCCAUAUCUUGAGACCUCAAUGGAUCGAUCAUAUGCGGCGCCUUUCGGGUUUGCCCAACCCCAAAGGUUCCUCCGUGGAGCUUUAAGUAUGAAUCAAGUAUAUAUUGUGCCACAUCUAUAAUGUAAGGAGUAAAUUAUUUGGAGUAGAGGAGCAUGAUCGAUCGAGCUUGAUUGAUCUAACUUGUCGACAUUGUCUUAGAAAAACUUGUAGCUUUCAUUUUAGAACAACUUUCAAUUAAUCUAUCUAUUCACGGGUUGUUCCAGUUUUGCUCGAAAAAGAAAAAGGCGUUGUUCCGGUUCAUAUCCAUCCACAAUAUGCCGGUUUAACUUUCACAAACAAGUGCCUGGCUAAUUGUCACACUUUUUUUAAUCAUGAGCAUGACUUGUCACGGCCAAGUUUUUCCAUGAGUUUUAUUGCCAGAUUUUUUUUUCACAAUAUGUUUGGUUUAUUGCGAGCUUUCACAUGAGUUUGAUUCGUAUUAGUACAUGGAUUUUGUUCGAUUCUAUGUACACUAAUUUCUUUAAGAUUUUGGAUGUAAAUUCACCCUACCAAAAAAGUGGUGUCGCACACAUGAUUCUCAUCUCUCAAAAGCUAGUGUCAUUAUUAUAGUAGAGUAGUUAAUGGAAUGAGAGUAGUUAAACCACCUUAGAAGAUGAUUAUUCCCCCAACACCUUUCCUAUCAUCGACGAGACUUGCCAAGCUAACACGGAAUGUUCACAUGCACUUUAGGCAUAUAACUUAUCAAGAUGAUUCAUUUAUGUUGAGAGAGAGGUUUGCGCAUAUGACUUAUCAAGAUCAUUUAUUUAUAUUGAGAUCCGUGAUAGAGAGAUGUGUGAAAAAAAUAAUAAGACAUGUGAAAAGAAUGAAUAUUAGAUGGAACAAAUGAAACAUCGAGAAAAAUUAGAUGAAAAAAAUUAUAAGAAAUGUAAAAAAAAUCAAGAGAUUUUGUGCAUGCUAAGCUCGCUCACUCACUUGGGAGUGGCAGCAUAUACUAGUAUAGGCCACACUGCUAGCACUGCUCUCUUCUCCGAUCUCCAUCCCCCACCCAGCACAGCGCAGCCUCGACAGCGGUGAAGUUAGAGAAGAGAACCGGCCCCUCCGGAAUGCCGACGCUGCGCCGCCGUAACCCGGACGUGCACGUGAAGGCGCUGGAGGGCAUCGUGUCCGCCAACACCUUCUUCACGGUGGCCGUCUUCAUCGGCAUCACGGGCACCAUCAAGCCGUCCUCCUCCAUCUCUCCCAACUGCGUGGCUGGCGACGACAUCGCGCGCAGCUUCUUCCUCUUCGAGAUCGUCUCCUUCGGCUUCUACCUCCUCUCCAGCCUGGUGGCGCAGGGCAUGAAGCUGGCCGUCACGCUCCUGGCCGCCGACCACUUCUACGGCGACGACGAGCGGAAGCCCCCGCCGUCCGACGACUGCGAGGAGAUGCCGGAGUGGCGCGCGGCGGGGCCACGGGAGCGCCGCCGCGCCGUGCUGCGGUUCGCGCAGCCGAUGAUGCUGCUGGCGGCCGGGUGCUCCAUCAUGGGAACCUUCUUCCUGCUGCUGUCCAUGGUGGACGCCAUCCAGCUCAAGUUCGGCCUCGUCUCUUGCGGCAUCCCGCUCGCCGUCGGUGCAACCUUCGUGCUCGCCGCGCUCGUCGUCGGCGGGCUGCUCUUCUACGGAUCCACCGUCGCAUACGCGCUCACGCACUACCUGCCCUGAAUAAUGUCAGCCUGCCGAGCUGGUUUUGGUCAGUUAAUCGAUUAGUUUUUUUCUUCUUUUUUACAUUUUUCUUUCACUUUCGCAUGCUAACAGUGGACUCAAAUGAAUUGCAUGGA